AGAAUAAUCCUGAUCCUCCAGGCGGUGGCAGUGACCUCUCGAGGACCCCUGGCUUGACGUCCUGAAAUCCCUAGGAAAUAAGAGCUCGCUAAAUUGCCAGCCAGAAACACUAAGAGCUCCCUUCGACACCAGAAUUGCAAUUCCUCGAAGACCUAGGCAACUCCUGCUCUCCCUCUCACAAUGGCUGCAGAAAACCCCCAUAUGGCCCUGGAUCCCAAGUACGAUCACUACGACUUCCCAACCACUGCCCCACGGAAUCAAAGUGGCCACCCUGGACACACGACCCCAGAGCAGGAUGCCCAGGUUUUCCAGUUGCGAUCGAAGCUCGAGCAGGCCGGCUACACCGAGAGACUCGAUACUCUGACACUGCUGCGCUUUCUACGCGCCCGCAAGUUCGAUGUGGCCGCUGCAGAGAAGAUGUUUGUGGACUGCGAGAAGUGGCGCAAAGAGUUCAACCUUGACUAUCUCGUCCGACAUUUCGACUACACCGAGAAGCAGCAGGUCUUCCAAUACUAUCCCCAAUACUACCACAAGACAGACAAAGAUGGCCGACCAGUCUACAUUGAGCAGCUGGGCAAUAUCGACUUGGCCGCCAUGUACAAGAUUACAACCUCCGAGCGAAUGCUGCAAAACCUGGCUGUCGAGUACGAGAAGCUGGCUGAUCCCCGACUCCCAGCCUGCUCACGAAAGGCCGGCUCGUUGCUCGAGACCUGCUGCACGAUCAUGGACCUGAAGGGCGUGGGUCUCAGCAAGGUCUCCUCCGUCUACUCAUACGUCAAGCAAGCGUCCGCCAUCUCCCAAAACUACUACCCCGAGCGCCUUGGCCGCCUGUACCUGAUCAACGCCCCCUGGGGAUUCUCGACCGUGUUCAACGUUGUCAAGGGCUGGCUGGACCCCAUCACCGUGGAGAAGAUCCACGUCCUCGGUUCUGGAUAUCAGAAGGACCUCCUGAGCCAGGUCCCAGCGGAGAACCUGCCCAAGAUCUUCGGCGGCACCUGCGAAUGCCCCGGCGGCUGCGCCCUGAGCGACGAGGGUCCUUGGACCGAUCCUACCUGGGCCCGACCUCCAAAAUGGGCCCAGGAGCCUGCUGAUGACCAGAAGAACGUCAUUGAUAACACGGCUACCAACCCCGGCACGAUUCCCGAUGCAGGCGGGAAGGCUGGCGAGGGCGCGGCCGUCGAUGCCCAAGCUGCUGCGGACGAGAUCAAGCCGGUUCCGGCUCCUCAGUAGAUGUUGUUAAUGCGUGGUUUUUGUAGUGC